AUGAGUUUUGUUGCACAUGAGGAUCAUGCAGCACAUGAUUUCUUUAGCAACAAUACCAACAACAACAGCAACAAUGACGGUGGUAACAACAACAGUGGUCACAACAGUGAUUUCCACAAUUUACUAAGUAGUCACAACUCCCAUACAAAACUUUUAGACGAAAACCACGAUAUACUAGAUGAAUUUUUAGACCAGAGAGUAUACGAUUCCAUGGGAACCACUACACCCAACAAUGGUGACAAGAAUAGCAGCGCUGUAAAGAUGAAACAAGAACAGCUUUCGGGGGAUACAUUGAUGAACUCACUCUACGCUCUAACUAAUGACGCAAACAAUAUUCAAGAACAGACAAAUAAUUUGGCAAAUGGCUUGAAUGGAGACAGUUUUCCUCAAUUCUCAAACCUACCAAAUGGCAAUAACGAUACCAAUGACCUUGAUUUGAAUCUUGAUGGUGUUUCUCCACAGGACAAUGAUUAUUUGUAUAUGGAUUUGCCACAUGAUUCAAAUUUCUCCCAUGAUCCACUUUUGUCGAAACUGAAUGUACAGAAUCACCAAAACUCAAUAACAAACUCAAUAUUGCAUACUCCUAGUGCCAUGACAUCUCCAGAGGAUACAAGAUCAAUUUCUAAUGGCCACAUUGUGCAAUCAAACCCAACUUCAUUAUCUGAAUACGAAUUUGUUAGAGAAGAAUUGAACAAGUUGAAGUUUGGAUGUCACCGUAUAAAUGCAGUACCAAAGACUGUUGAUGUACCUGAUGCUUCAUACUUGGAUUUUUCUUCUGAUGCUAUCAAUAAAUUGCCACACAAGAUGACAUUAUCUGCUUUACCUAGUCAUUCACGUGUUGAAACACAAAUCAGGUGUGAUAUAACGUUAAGUCCAGGUCCAAAUCAAGCCUUGUUAUACGUACCUCAAGACCUUAUAUCGAAAAACAAGUUUUGCUUGUCUGACCCGGUUGAAAAUUUGCAUCCCAGAUUGAAGGAUAAUUUGUUGUAUUUGGAUGCUUACGUACUCACUUCAGAUUUGCAGAAAUCGUGUAACAUAUGCUCAAGGUGUAUCAAAAGGGAACAAAAAAGAGCUUCCCGUGGUAAAGCAGCCGGUGAAAUGGAUGAAUUUAACAACAAUGCUGCUACCCCUACGCCAUCUUCAUCUACCAAAACACCAGCUGCAAUUAAAAACAAUUCUACUAGUUGGGCUGAUGAGAAAAUGAUGAAAAAGGCUAUAAUAUUCAAUUGCAAGGAAAUUGUUUCAUUCCCAUCUCCAUCGGGAUUAAACAACGACAAUUCAAAGUCAAUUGAGUUGUCUGCAAGAAUUAUAUGUUAUUGCAGACAUCAUAAAGAACUGACUGGGUUUAGAGUAUUGAUGUUGAUAAAGAAUAAUAAAGGUGAAGUUGUGGCCAAACAAUUGUCGUCGCCGAUUAUGAUCAUGGAUAGGAAGAAAAACAUUCCUUUGACUAAAGACUCGAUGCCCAAUUCAGUCGCUGGAUCGUCAGUCAAUCUACAAGGCUUGGGAGACACUCUGUCUAUUGGAAGCAAAAAGAAGAGAAUUUCCAACUCUGAUUCCGAAAAUGAACACAAAUUUUCCAAUAAUGAAUUUACUCAGCAUUCGUCUCCUAAUUCAGUGGAUGAAUCUGCUUCCGAGGUGCACACAAAUACUGACGCUGAAUCAAGUCGUGGUAUCAAACGUAAGAAAUUGUCUGUCGACGACUCAUACAACACUUCGGCCAAUCCAAUGUACAAUGGCAGUAUAAGUGGCUAUUCCCCAUUGAGCAACAGUGAUACCAAUACAUCAACCAAUAUGCACUUUAUGAAACAGUCGCUGUAUGUCGGAUUAUCACCAAUGGGUACUCAACACCCACCGCCCAAUCCACAAUUACAGCAAAUGCAAACUUCGCAACCUUCGCAACCUUCCCAAACCUUACAACGUUUGCCAUCCAUACAAAGAAUAAUUCCUGCCCAAGGACCUGUACGUGGUGGUAUUGAAAUUACGCUAUUGGGAUUUAACUUCCGACCAGGUUUACUGGUAAAGUUUGGUUCUAACCAAGCGUUGGCUACUCAUUGUUGGUCGGAAACUACAAUUGUGACGUAUUUACCACCAGCACUGCAACCAGGACAGGUUUUGGUUAGUUUUGAAAAUGAAGAGUCGUCAAUAAUUGGCGGUCCACAACAACAGCAAAUAUUUACAUACACGGAUGAUACCGACCGACAAUUGAUUGAAUUGGCUUUGCAAAUAGUAGGAUUGAAAAUGAAUGGUAAAUUAGAAGAUGCAAAGAACAUUGCCAAGAGGAUUGUUGGUAGUGACACUAGUACCGGUGGUAAUAGUACUGGUACAGCUCCAACCUCAAUGACGACAUCACCUACAAAUUUGUCUCAGAGUCAGGAUGAUGUUCAUGACUGGUUCAAUAGUGCUCAUGCUUCGUUGAAAAAGUUGACAUCGUCUGGAUUAUCAACACAAGUAGUUUUGGUGCGUCUUUUAUCUUUAGUUGAUUUACCUAAUUGUCCAAUUAUCAUUCCAAACUGGCAGUUGGCUAAUGCUCAAGGCCAAACGUUGUUGCAUUUGGCCACCAUGAAGAAUUAUCACAAGUUGAUCAAGUUUUUGGUUACACAUGGUUGCAAGAUUGACGUUAAAGAUAACCAAGGUUUAACACCAUUGUUUUUGGCCUCUAUGUGUGGACAUCGUAAAUUGAUUCAAUUGUUCAUUGAAUGCAAGUCCAAUUGGAAUUUGAAGUUGCUGAAUGAUAAGUACUUGAGAGAUUAUUGUGACUUGAACGUUAUUGAUAUGUUCAAGACAUAUGAGGAGCAGUCACAGCAGCAACAAUUACCAUUGGAGUUGAGAGAAGAGGAUUUGAGUGUUAUUAAGAAGGCAACGUCCUUUGAUUCAUUGGAUUCAAUGUUUGACGACGACUAUGGGCGUCACAUAUCAAAGAUGACCCAAGAUGAUGAGACACGUAGAGACCUUCCAUCUCAGGACCAACAAGAUAGCGGAAUUUCAACUUGGGAGAAUAACAGGAAUUAUUCCUCAGAAUUUGCCGAUUCUGAAUUUGAGUCUGAAGAUGAUUAUGACGAGGAGGAGGCUGAUUAUUGUGAUGAUGAAUAUAGUGAUAGUGAUGAUAUUGAAGUGAGUGAUGAAGAGACAGAUGAAGAUUCACGAAUUGACGAUAUUGGGCAAGAGACUGAUGCCUCUUCUGCUAUCUCGGGAUCAACAAAGCCUCCGUCUUCACCUGGUUUAUGGCAAAAAGUCAAGAAUGUGUUUAAUAAAGAUGACGAUAGUGAUUUGCCACAGUAUGACGAUUUGUUCCCAUUUGGUCCUUCAUCCACCCUCACUGCCAAGCCAAAGAGUGCCCUUGAACAGUCGAUGAAUAGUGUCACCGAAACUCGAUCAGUUGAAGCAGGUUCGAGCACCAACACUAAAACGGAUCUCGAACCAACCAGUUCUAAGAUUAAUGAUACCGAUAUUGAUUCUGGCUUAGCAUCUGAUUCAUCAGAAGACAUGGUCGUCACCUACAUCAAUCAUCCCAGGAAGCCGGUGGAACAUGACAAGAUGUUGGUAUUUUUUUGGAUCCCUGCAUUAGUCGUCAUAUUUGCAUUAUUCUUUAUGGUUUAUAUUGUUGGUUACAAUUUCAAACAACUUGAUUACGCCAAAGAAUUGGUGAGAAAUACAGUUGGUAAUCUUAUGGUUGGUAACGAACGUAUUGCCAAAGUUUUCAAGAGUAGAGGGGGUGGAAAAGUGGUUGCUGCUGCUGCUGGAAGUACAGCAACUACUGCGAUACGACGUGUGGUGGAUUUUUAA